AUGUGUCGCUCCAGGGUCAUCACCGAGACGGCAUGCAAGACGCCCAUCCGCGACCGGCGCCUGACGUUCAACGUCCUCAACGUCACGCUAGGCAUCGUCACCGGCGCCGUUGUCUCCAUCCGCCUCGUCUAUAAGCAGUUUUUCAGCACGAACCGACGGCUGAGGCGCGACGACUGGAUGGUGGCGGCUACUCUUGCCCUCGGCAUGGUCAGCAUCGUGACCAUGACGUUCGGCUUGACCACACACGGCAUGGGGCAGGAUGUCUGGGGCGUCUCCUCGUCCGCCGUGCGGACCUUUGCCGUCUACUUUUACGUCCUCGAGAUGCUCUACGUCAUUCUCAUAGGGCUCGUCAAGCUCACGCUAAACUUCUUUUACCUCGACAUCUUUGCCGGGCGCGCCAUGCGGCGGCUUCUCUGGGGCACCGCCGCGUUCCAGGUUGCCUUCAUCUUCGCCUUCUUAAUGAAGGUUAUUUUCCAGUGCCUUCCGAUACGAUACUACUGGGAGCAGUACGACUUCGAAACGAGCGUCGAGGGGGCGUGCAUCAACAUCAAUGCGUCGGCCUGGGCGAACGCGGCUAUCAGCGUCGCGACAGACUUUUGGCUGCUCGGCAUACCGCUCAGCCAGCUCAGGAAGCUGAAUCUGCAUUGGAAGAAGAAGGUCGGGGCAUCUCUCAUGUUUCUGACAGGGACCCUGGUGACGAUAGUGUCGAUACUGCGCCUUCGGUCCAUCACGCACUUUGCCAGGGGCUCCAACCCCACGUGGGAUCUCUGGGACAUUGUCUGGUGGUCGCCCAUCGAGAUCAACGUGGGCAUCAUAUGCACGUGCCUGCCCGCGCUGCGGCUCGUCCUCGUCAGCCUCUGCCCACGUAUAUUCGCCUACGACACGCGCGGCUCUAUCAGCGGGGAUCGCGGGUCUCGGCCGACGGCAGACCGCCAGCUGGUGACACGGCCGGGGGUGAGCACGGAUGACGAGCUCGGGAUGCCGGAGGGUGGUACUGGCGACGAGUUUGCGAGCACGACGAGGUUGAACAAGUUGACGAUACCCGCUCCGAGUGCGCAGCCAGGUAAAUAUAGUACCCGGAGAACGGCAGGUUAG